UGUACUGUAUUACGCCGCAGCAGACCAGACGAGAUGGCGGCGAUGCUCCUCCGAGCCGCCCGCGCCUCGCGGUCCCUCGCUCUCCCCCGCUACGUCGGCGCAAGCCCUAGCCCACUAUCCUCCUCCUCCUCUUCCGCCGCGUCUACGGCGGAGACGCCGUUCCCUGCCGCCGCUACCCCGGGCAUCGCGGCUGACGUCGACGAAGCGGUCAUAGUCGGAGGCGAGGGGGACGACCUGAGGAGCCGCGUCUUCCGGCUGCGGCUGGCGAAGCGCAGCGCGACGGAGGCGCUCGGGAAGUGGGCCGGCGAGGGCCGCGCCGCCCCCGCGCCGGAGCUCCGCCGCAUCGCCCGCGAUCUCAGCCGCGCCCGCCGCUUCAAGCACGCGCUCGAGGUCGCUGAGUGGAUGAAGACACAUAACGAGUCUGAUUUAUCUGAGAAUGACUAUGGAAUGCGCAUUGACUUGAUUACCAGAGUUUUUGGCGCUAAUGCAGCCGAAGAUUUUUUUGAGAAGCUUCCACCUGGAGCCAAAUCACUGGAAGCAUAUACCGCACUCCUGCAUUCCUAUGCUCGAUCAAAGAUGACAGACAAGGCUGAGAGGCUAUUCCAGAGAAUGAAGGAUGCCAACCUCUCCAUCGACGUCCUGGUUUACAAUGAGAUGAUGACCUUGUAUAUCUCUGUUGGCGAGCUCGAUAAGGUUCCAGCUGUCGCUGAAGGACUGAAGCGGGCAAAUGUUUCCCCAGACCUUUUCACAUACAACCUCCGUGUCAGCGCAGCAGCCGCAUCCAUGGAUCUCGAGGUCUUCAAGGGAAUUCUUGACGAGAUGUCGAGAGAUCCAAACUCCAACGAAGGAUGGGCACUGUACCAAAACCUUGCCGGUAUCUACGUCGAUGCCACUCAGCUCGUCAGCUCUGGGCAUUCGCUGGUGGAAGCUGAGGCGAAGAUCAGCCAGAGGGAGUGGAUAACGUACGAUUUCCUCGUCAUCUUGCACGCCGGUCUCGGCAACCUGGACAGGGUGAAGGACAUAUGGAAAUCGAUGCAGAUGACCUCGCAGAGGAUGACCAGCCGGAACUACGUCUGCGUGCUCUCGUCCUACCUGAUGUGCGGGCAGCUGAAGGAUGCCGCGGAGAUCGUGGACGAGUGGCAGCGAUCCAAAGCUCCGGAGUUUGACAUCUCCGCCUGCAAUAAGCUGUUUGAUGCUUUUCUUGGUGCCGGUUUUACCGAGACGGCGGAUAGCUUUAGAGAGCUGAUGUUGCAGAAGAGUUGUAUACUAACGAGCAGGGCAAGCGAGUCCUCCUGAGCCUGACGCUGUUUUAUGGCGUGAACCAAAAUAAUAAUGGACUCGAGAUCAAUUUGCGCGUAA